CCAUGUUGGAAUUGUGGGGCCAUGCAUUAUUCAAAGGAUUGUACUUUUACCAAACAUCGAUGUAAGGAUUGCAGUCAAGUUGGCCAUAAAGACGGUUAUUGUUACAGCUCAAAGAAAGUGAAACCGCUCAGUCGCCAACGACUAUCAAAGUCGAUGCAAACCAACAGUGUACAGGUGCGAAACAUUCGAAAACGUAGAAGAUUCGUGAAAGCAGUUGUGAAUGGUAGACAUAUCAGUUUUCAGCUCGAUACAGCGUCAGAUAUCAGCAUCAUUUCCGAGCGUACUUGGAGGCAAAUCGGACAACCAACAUCGAGUCCUGCAACAGUGCAAGCAGCAACAGCAUCGGGUAAACCAUUGAAACUUCAAUUCCAGUGUUCCUGUUCAAUUACUAUCAAUGGAACUAUCCGUGAAGCGAGAUUCUUCGUGGUAAAGCAGCAGCUCAAUUUGCUUGGGUUGGACCUAAUCGACUCGUUCAAUCUCGGGUCGGUGCCAAUGGAUCAGUUUUGCAAUCAAGUCAGCAGCUAUCCGAUGGAAAUGGACUCUCUCAAAGCAACAUUUGCAGCAGUUUUCAACAACGAACCAGGUUUAUGCACCAAGGCGAAAGUGAAAUUUACGCUUAAAGAAGCAAAAUCCCCAGUGUUUCGACCAAAAAGACCAGUGGCUUAUGCUAUGUACAGUACAGUAGAUGCAGAACUUGAUCGAUUGGAACGUGCCAACAUCAUCACGCCGGUUGAUUUCUCAGAGUGGGCGGCUCCCAUCGUCGUUGUUAGGAAAGCAAGUGGCGCAAUCAGAAUAUGUGGCGAUUACUCUACGGGUCUAAAUGAAGCAUUACAGCCACAUCAAUAUCCACUUCCUCUACCACAGGACAUAUUCAACAAAUUAGCAAAUUCGAAGGUCUACAGUCAAAUCGACCUUUCGGAUGCAUUUUUACAAGUGGAGGUAGACGAAAGCUGCAGAGAGCUACUCACAAUCAACACACACCGAGGUCUUUAUCGGUACAACCGCCUUCCCCCAGGAGUAAAAGCAGCACCAGGAGCUUUUCAACAGCUUGUAGAUACAAUGCUUGCAGGAUUGGAAUGUACAGCAGGGUAUCUUGAUGAUGUUUUGGUCGGAGGAGCCGAUGAAGCAGAUCACUGGCGUAAUCUUCAAGCAGUUCUUCGUCGUAUUCAAGAGUUUGGGUUUACUAUCAAAGCCGAGAAGUGUUCGUUUGGACAACGUCGAAUUAAAUACUUGGGUCAUCUAAUUGACGAACAUGGUCAGCGUCCAGAUCCAGCGAAAAUCGAGACCAUAUGCAACAUGCCAGCACCAAAAGAUGUUUCUGAAGUUCGUUCGUUUCUGGGAGCAUUGAACUAUUACGGAAAAUUUGUUCCUAGUAUGAGAACACUACGGUACCCGUUAGAUGAGCUUCUGAAGCAUGGUAAAAAGUUCGAUUGGUCAGAAGAGUGUGAAAAAGCCUUCACCACUUUCAAGCAAAUACUCAGGUCAGAUUUGCUUCUUACACACUACAACCCGUAGCUCGAUGUAGUGGUUUCAGCGGAUGCUUCAUCAGUAGGAGUUGGUGCGACAAUCAGCCAUAAAUUUCCGGAUGGGUCAAUCAAAGUGGUUCAGCACGCUUCAAGAGCUCUUACAUCGGCCGAGCAAUCAUACAGUCAGCCAGAUCGUGAGAGGCUCGCAAUCAUUUUUGCUGUUACCAAAUUCCACAAGAUGCUGUUCGGUCGGAGCUUCACAUUGGAGACAGAUCAUGCUCCGCUUCUUCGGAUUUUUGGAUCGAAGAAAGGUAUCCCCGUUUAUACAGCGAAUCGUCUUCAGCGUUGGGCGUUGCAAUUAUUGCUCUACGACUUCAAUAUCGUUUACGUGAGCACAGAGAAGUUUGGCAACGCAGAUAUCCUUUCUAGGUUGAUUAAUCACCACGUCAAGCCAGAGGAAGAUUUUGUUGUUGCUAGUAUCAUCAUGGAAAACGACGUAAGAUCCAUCGCUUUAAAUGCAGUUGAUUCCCUUCCUCUUAGUUUCAGAGCGAUUCAGAAAGCAACUCGCGCUGAUCCUGUUUUAAAGAAAGUUCAUCACUUCAUCCAACAUGGUUGGUCUCAAUCGAAAGCAAGCAUCUUAGACCGUGAGAUCAAGCAGUACUUCGAUCGAAGGGAAUCUCUGUCUACAGCACAAGGAUGUGUAAUGUUUUCUGAACGCCUUGUUAUUCCAACUGAAUUCCGAAUGCGAUGCCUUCAUCACCUUCAUCGU